AUGAGCGCCGACGAGGGUAGCGAGACGGCCUCGAUGCCCCUUGCAAAUGGGACUCACAACCCGGUGACUCCAGAUCCGCCUGCGUUGGCUACUCCAGGCAAGCGGAAACGGGGUCCUAGUCAUGACGAGAAGGCCUCGCAGGAAGCAAGUGCUUCCUCGUCUCAGCCGCAGGACAAAGCGCAGCUACAUGAGACACUACGUAAUCUCGUUGAAGUUCUCAACAAGAACGACGCGGACCUCCAUCUGCUCACAUGCCCCCUACCCAUUUCACCGACCAAGCCGCGCUCGAAACGUGCAAAGCUCACGGAAGACCGAGAGGAAUACUUCACCAUCCAGUCACGGGUCUCUGCCGGUCGUUACAAUACAAUGCAAGAGUUUCUAGCGGAUAUUGAAAAGGCCUCGGCGUCUAUAAUUGAGAGAAAGCAGAGUCAAGGGACACUCACAGACGGCUCGCAGGGCGAUGAAACGCCCUUGACUGAGGUAAUCAAUCGAAUCGCCGCGUUCAAGAAGCUCUUGAACAGCCUUAUUCGGCAGGCAUCGUACAUGAAGCAGUCCAAGGUGAAAGCGGAGCCCACGGAAGAGGGCUCAGAAGAGCCCUCGAAGGCGCCCUCAUCAAAUGAGGAUAUUCGCGAUGAAAGUAUUUCAUUGACGCUGUUCGGCAACCUGUCCCAUCCCAAGCAGCUGUAUUCCAGUCUGCAGAAAUCGGUCAAGGUCCAACUACCUUCAGAGCCAGGAUCUCACGAAUACGUCGAGGUCCAAGCACCCCUACAUGAGGAUGCCCUGCCCAAUGGUAUCACCGCGACGAAGAUCGCCCCCUAUCGCCCUGAAACAGUCACACAAGAGAUCAGGAAGUUUGGCGAUGUCUUCGCACCCCGGCCAAACCUGCCCCAGCUGGAACCUCCUCGCAGAUCUCGAUCAUCUGCUAGGAACGCCGUUGGCACCUGGAUUGACCCAUUUGAAGCAGCCACCGAUAUCAGAUUGUUCCCGGGCGAGCGCAACAAUUACUGUCUCGCGCCACUUCCUUCAGGGAACUGGCUCCAGUAUGGUGGAGUCACAUCCUCUCCAUCUUAUUGGAAUCGCAGACAAAAGCAGUCUUCUCAGUACCAUGGUGACAGUGACACAAUGCAGCGACCGCUCGAGGAAUCCGGUCUCUGGGCCGAGGACGAUGCAUCGGUCUUGCAAGGAGUGUAUUCAUCAUUCGCUCCCACAUUUGAUAGCUCGGGCGCGGUUGUGCAAGGACACUCCAAGGACCUGGUGUGGUGGGGCAAAAAGGGUGCGAAGAGACUACAGACAUUGCUUUCUCUCGCCUACUCCGACGACGGUGCAGAAGCUUCGGUGGAGCAGGAAACCAGUCUCACCGAACUCGACGAGGAUGGCUUAGAAGAGCUGGUCAAAACCUUCAGCCCUGAACAGCUUCCCGAUUUUACUGUGGAUGAGAAUGUCACCAAGGAGGAAGUAGUUGAGUCCAAGGAGGUGAAUGAAAUGCUGCGAGAUGUGUCAGAACUUUUGGAGACUCUUAGUUCUUACCAGAAGCUCCGCAACCUCGAUCCAUCACUCCAAAAUGGGGAACCGAUAGACGUCUCACCCGACUUGGGAACUCCUUAUGCUGUGUCCGAUGCUGAACAGACGAUCUACGAAACGCUGGAAUCCAGUCUUGUCGCGAUCCUCGCAAAUCUGCCACCCUAUGCGGUAGCAAAACUAAACGGAGAUCAACUCGCCGAGCUGAACAUCAGUCAACGGAUCGUCCUUGAUACUCCUGACUACCGGGGCACCAUGGAGAAAGACGACCUUACUCUCCAGCAGGAGCGAGCGGCUGCCAUGGCACCCAGCGCGGCGAACCGCAAUCCUACACCUAACCUUGGCGCGGUAGCACGGACAGGGAGUUUCCAAGGAUCCCAGGGAGGGUACAACCAGCGAGCCUAUGCAGCCAAUACUCGAGUCCCGCAGACACCCGGCGCAGGGUUCCAGGUACCCCAACAGUACUACAGUGGCAGGCAGCCCUCGGCAUCCUACACCCCUGCUGCUAGCCACACUCAGCAGUACGCAGGAGUCCCGCGCGCGCCGGCCACCCCGACUCCCCGCCAAGCCUUUGUUCCGCCUGGAUAUUCCCAUACCCCGUCGCAGUUCAACCAGCCGUACCAGCGGCAAUUGGCGAACGGUUACACUCAAGCCUACGCUGCACAGCAAGUGCCAGCAGGCCCAAGCCAGCCCUCUCCACAACCGUAUGGACAGCGGCCCGGCCAGCCGGGACCGUACAAUGCGUCCUUCGGCGGAGCGAGAAGUGCGUCUCCUCAGAAACCGUCACCCUAUGGAGCCCCGCAACCGCGCACACCGUAUAUGACAGCUGGAGCUAAUAAUCAAACUCAACAGCAACAGCCGCAGCCACAGCGAUAUCACCCCAGUCAACCGCCUCCCCCUCAAUACACCAAUAACCAGCCCGCGAACCCAGUGCUUUCCCCAGGAGCCGCGUAUGCCAACUCGGCUGCUGCCAUCACCUACGCGAGAAGUGCCGCCGAGCAGGCUGCUUUGAUCGAACGCACCAAGGCCCAGCUCGCCGCCAACAGCAUCCGGCAAAGCUCGUCGUCGACGCCGCAACAGUCUUCUCAGCCCGGCGGAGAGUACGGCAGCUCCCAGGAAAGGAGCAUCACACCGGCUGGUAAACCGAACGGCACCCCGGUCCCAUCUUGA